AAAAUGCGUAUCUUUUCCAUGGUCUGCUUUGGCUUGCUCGUGCUAAUGGUCAUAAUGGGAAACUCGCAAGUCGUGAAGGAAAACGUGUGUGGAUACAAUGGUAAUGUGUGUAUCGGCAUACCGAACGGGUGUCCAGUGAAAAGCGACGGGGAAGUGAAAUUCCAUUACUGCGACGCUGUAGUGACCGUCCAAGCCGGUCCGUUCGGUUCAACACGCAUUGACCUUUGGGGUUCUCCGCUACUGGCGAAAGCAUUCGGUGGAAUAACCCACAACUGGGUUGGCUUAAGCUUUUCCGAGAAAGGCGAUACAAACAAUUCUCCUGGUAUUUACUGUUUGGCUGAUGAGCGUAACAUCACCACAAAAUUUGGUUGGAACACUCUGACAGACAAAAUGCAACCGGAAUCGACAGGAAUCGAACUGUCCUGGCUGUCCACAAUGCAAAACCCGCUAUUAGAGCUCUAUACCGCAUGGGAUGGUCUGAAGGGUUUACGGUGCUCCGUGUUGCUUGAGGGGAGCUUUACCGUCCAAGGUCUGGAAGUCAAUCUAAGCAGGAUGGCGUUCUACUCAGUGGCCACCGGUCUUAUAAAGAAUGGGAGACACGAAUCUUCAGAGCGGGUGUAUACCUAUUUGGUUUCCCGUGUUCAGACGGACAACGACACCGAUCACACCAUGAACCGGACAUUCAUCUCUUAUUGUCCGCGUGGAAAUAGCACGAUACCCCUUGAGGACGUUUGUGAAAUGGAGGAAUACAACAAAUACAUCGCUUCGCUGCAUGAUAACUCUGUUAAUACGUUGCCCCGCAUUUAG